AUGACAUGGUGCGAAAUAGACCAAAUAGAAGUCACAGAAGGUUUUCAAUCAGCUGCCAAGUGGAAAGCUCCUGGUCAUGAUAGGGUACCCAAUUUUUGGUACAAAUCCCUGAAAGCAACGUAUAGAUAUUUAGCUUGCCUAUACAAUGAAUUGAUCAACUCAGAAUACUUUCCUAGCUGGCUAGCCACAGGAAAAACCACACUGAUACCCAAAAAUCAAGACACAGCUGUGGAAAGAAACUAUAGACCGAUAACAUGCCUACCAUCAAUCUAUAAGAAUUUUACUUCAAUUCUCUACCAAGGAAUCUAUGCCCACAUCGAGCAAAACAUCAUUCUGCCGCCGGAACAGAAAGGAUGCUGUAAAUUAUCUAAGGGAUGCCAAGACCAACUCAUGCUUUCAAAUUUUGGCGUAAUCGAUUGGCGACUGGAAGAAAUAAAAGCGAUAGACCGAAAAACGCGUAAACUGCUAACAUUAUAUGGCAUGCUACAUCCUCGCGCCGACACCGACAGGCUUUACGUUUCCAGGAAAGAGGGAGGCAGGGGACUACAGCAAGUGGAGGCAGCCUACAAGUCUGCAAUACUCAGGAUAAGCGACUACUGUGAAAACAGUCCAGACAGAACGAUGAUAAUUGCCCGAAAUUACGAUUUCUCUCUGCCAAAAGAGAGUCCAAAGCCCAAUGAACUUUUGUCAAUUGAAGAAGUAGGAAUAAAUAGAGCGGGGCCAUCCACAGAUACUGAUGACGAUGAAGUGAAGAAAGCCAGGAUGGAUUUGUGUUCAGCUACGUCCGCAGCCGCAGCCAGGACGGGUUAUGAUAUUGGGAAAUACGUAUGUCAUCCUCCAAGCAAUGACGAGGAAAAGCUGAGAGCAUUAAAAGAGCCUUGGAUCCCUUCGGAUACAUUUAAAUUUCCAGUCACUGACACUGAACUCGACGCUCGUUUUAAACCACAUGAAUCGACGAUCGAAGGAAUUCAAAUGCUGUUACCUGAAAAAACCAGUAAUGAUUCCAGGAUAAAAGAAAAUCUUGAGAAGAUUGCACAAACAUUUCUGGGUGGAGAAAAUGAAGGCACAAUAUUUCUGAGUGAAUAUGAGAUAUGGCACAAUCACUGGAAAUCUGUAGCACAAAAACCUGCAACUGUGCUCGACGCUAUCGAUAACUGCGAUGAUCAGUUUUUCCCUUCAAUAAAAAAGCUUCUAAUUAUCUUAGCCACACUCUCAGUGUCCACUGUAACCCCUGAAAGAUCUUUCUCUACCUUAAAGAGGUUAAAAACUUACCUAAGAAAUAAAAUGGGCGAUGAAAGACUUACUGGUCUGGCUUUAAUGAGCGUACACCGAGAUCUGGCGGUGGAACUAGAUUCAAAGGAAAUUAUUAAUCAGUUAGCAAUAAAACAUAGCACACUAGCGCCUGUUCUCGCUUUCCCGUUCACUCCGAAACUGGUAAUAUCGAAUUUUGGGAUAUUAUCUAGAAUAAUUUGUGUAAAAGCCUUAUUCAACAUAAAGCAACCCUCAGUAGCUGAAAACACCAGUUUUAUAGCAUAUAGACGAUUUGAGCUUACUACUGAACUGGUCGACUGUAAUUUCAUCAUAUUCGAAUCUGAAGCUGGUGCUAACUUCAAGGACUUCCUGUUGACAAUCCAGACUACAAAAGAAAAAUAUUCGUCAAAAACAAAAGCUUCAGCUGCUGACCAUGAUAAACAAUACAGCAAUGUGGUUGGAAAUAAGAAAAAUGAAGCAGUCAGCCUCAGGGCAAAAACAAAGCCUUGA